AGCUGCUCUUCUCUGGGUGGCUGCUGGAAAGUUGUGUGUGUGCACAUGUGAACUUUCCAGUCUUAAUCUGCAUUAUAAAGCAUGUGCGUGUGUGUAGGCUUUCUGCAGAGCUCUGGAACAUGUGUGCCAUGAGCAGUGAAACCAGAAAAGCAGAUGUCCUGAACAUGCCCCUCCUACCCGGGGAUUAGAGACGAUCAGGGUAAAGCAGAGAGAAGCUGGGACACACCUCCCUGCCUCACCACCAGAGACAGCAGCAGUUCGUGCAGGUUCAAUGGGCUUCUUCUCUUCGGUCAAAUAAACCCCUGCAGCUCUAGCCAGCAACUAUCCCCUUCUUUUGGUUAACCAGGAAGGAGGAGGAUGGCCUAUGCUGAGGAAGACAGAAAUAGCUAUGAGAUGUGUAAGGAAACAGCAGAUUGGUUGCAUGCCCGCACUGCCCAGUGCCCAAAGACUGCCAUCAUCUGUGGAUCUGGACUGGGAGGCCUGGCUGAUGUGUUGGAUAACAAGACAGUCUUUCUGUAUGAGGACAUCCCUCACUUCCCACGGAGCACAGUUGCAGGGCAUCUUGGCAGAUUGGUGUUUGGGGAGCUGAAUGGACAGCCCUGUGUGUGUAUGCAGGGACGUUUCCACUGUUAUGAAGGAUACUCUGUCAGCAUGGUUACUUUUCCCAUCAGGGUCUUGUUUCUCCUCGGGGUGGAGAUCUUGAUUGUCACAAAUGCUGCUGGGGGACUGAAUCCCAACUUCCAAGUGGGGGAUAUCAUGUUCAUUAGAGAUCACAUCAGCAUGUUUGGCUUGGGAGGGCAGAAUCCACUGCGUGGGCCAAAUGAUGAGAGGUUUGGAGUGAGGUUUCCCUGCAUGUCAGAUGCUUACGAACAAGACCUGCUUGGCCUGGCAGUAGAGAGUGCUCAGGAGCUGGGCUUUGUGAGCUUCACCCGAGAAGGAGUGUACUGCCAGCUGGCUGGUCCCUCCUAUGAAACCAUUGCUGAGUGCCGUGUGCUGCAGGCCUUGGGAGCAGAUGCUGUAGGCAUGAGCACAAUCCCAGAAGUAAUUGUAGCCAGGCACUGCGGCCUCCGUGUUCUUGGGAUCUCCCUCAUCACAAACAAGGUGGUGAUGAGCUACAACAGUCAAGAGAAAGCCAACCAUGAGGAAGUGCUGCGCAUCUCAGUGGUCCGGGCUGAAGCCUUGAAGAAACUGGUCACGCACCUCCUUGGCAAACUGGGGGAAAGCACAAACCCUUUGUGACCUCCACCCUUUUGUUGCUUGUAUCCUAAUGUGUGAACACUAACAAAUGGUGUUGGUGAGAUUGUUGUCUGAUGUUGAAUAGACCUGCUGAUUUUUGUACCUGUGCUUUAGCUGUUCAGGUGCAGAGGCUUGCUUUGCAUUUUGCCAGACUGAUCCCCUUGUUAGUAGCCAGUGACCAAAAUGGCUUUCUGGGACAGAAAGAGUUGGACCUCUGGCAGAUUCCCAAGUCCACAUCAGCAAUGAGUCCCUUGGUGCUGUGAGCUCCAUCUCCCCCAUCAUUUUGCUGCAGAGCUGUUUGUGUUUCUUGCCCAUGGUACCGCCUCUCUCAGCGCAGCAUCUUCCUUGCCUGAGUGUUUACUCCCCCUAUGUCAUGGGCUGGAUUGAGAGCUGGUCACAAGGCUUGGUGCUGCUGGGUAUGUUUCAGUAGGGCCUGAUCUGAAGCCAGUGGAAGACCACAGAAAGACUGAGUUUUGGGUGAGGACCUGGAUACAAGCCAUGCUGUAAAGCAGGUGAAGGAUGCCACAUAGGGAUUCUUCUAUCAGUGACUGCAGCAACAGGACAAGGGGUAAUAUAUUUACACUUAAACGGGGGAAGUUCAAGUUAGAUAUAAGGAAAAAAAGUUCUUUACUGUGAGGG